CGAAUUCCUAUUAGAAGUCUCAAAUUCCGUGGAAUUGCAAUUAAAUGAUUUGAUUCACUAUCAACAAAAUCGCUCAGUGUAAUCAUUUCUUUGUUUUUGCGUAGUAUUUUUAUAUGUUAUAUCCAGUAACAUCAUAAAAUGUAAUAACAUGCGUAUGUAGAAAUAUGGCUGAAAACAACAUACCGGACAAUGAGGUAGAAGAAGAGGAAGAAAAAGAAGCAAGAGUUGAAGAUACUAUCGUAGACGAAGAAUCUGCAGCGAUAGAAGAUCUUAAGGAACAACAAAUUGAAACUGAAAAAAAGAAUAUUGAUGAAGAUGAGCGAGAAGACGAAGCUAAGGAUAAAGAUAGAAAUGAAAUUACAGAAGAUAAUACUAAUGACAAAGACGAAGUUGAGCAAAAUAAAACUGAUGAAGAUAAAAUUGAUGAGAUCGAAGAAGGAAUUAAAAUUGAUGAGAUCAAAGAAGAUAAAGCUGAUGACGAAAUUGAAUACAAUGAUGAAGUGACAAAAUCUGAGGAAUUUGUAAAACCAACAAUAAGCGAACCUAUUAAAACUGAUGAUAUAAUCAUAGAAGUAAAAAUAAUGAAUGAGAGAUUUAUUCUGCUAACAGAUGAAGUCAAACAAUUAAAACAUGAAGUUUUUGAAUUGUCAGAGAAACCUGAAUUAACAGAAGAAGAUAAGCUAGCGUUUCAAGAGAAACAAAACAUUCUCACUUCAAAAGUAGCGGAACUGGAACAAUUAACGCAAGAAAUUCAAAAAGCGCGAGAAGAAGUAGAACGGCUUCGUAAAGUGGAAAAAGAAAUUGAGAUAAAAAAAAGAGACAUAGAACCAUUCAAAAAAAUUUUAGAAGAAGAUUACUUUGAGAUACCGCAAAUACAAUAUCCUGAAGAUAAGUAA